ACCAUUGCGAACUUGGGCUUGUUGAGGUGGCAAUCGCAGGCCCAAAUCCACUUCAGCACUGGUUUACGGUUUAUCGGAAUACCCACCCACUCGGCGAUUCGAUUUUGCAAAUCGGACCUCUCUCUCUCUCUCUGUGUGAAAACCUAAUUCUAGCCCUAGUUUGAAUGAUCGUUAUUUGCAGAAUUGUGAUAAAUAAAGGGGACUAGUUGAUUGGUUGUGAUUUCAAUGAUAAACAGUGUGUGUCUAUUAUGUUCACCAAUAGUCAGAGGCAAGAAGAGCGUAGUGGCAAAUAUGGAACUCCAAGGCUUCAAUACCUUCAGGAGUUAGUGUCUCAGUUUCAGAAUGCAACUAGUGAAGAAUCAAAAGAGAGGAUCGUUGCUAAUUUGGCAAACUUUGCAUAUGAUCCUUACAAUUAUACCUUCUUGCGUCAGCUCAACAUUUUGGAACUUUUUCUAGACUGCCUAACAGAACCAAAUGAGAAGCUUGUAGAGUUUGGUGUUGCAGGGAUCUGCAAUUCUUGCGUUGAUCCAGUAAAUACUGCCAUUGUCAGUCAGUGUGGUGGGAUUCCUCUUAUCAUUCAAUGUUUAUCAAGUCCUGUUAGAAACACUGUAAAUUAUGCUCUUGGGGCUCUGUAUUAUCUGUGUAAUGCUUCUAACAAGGAAGAGAUAUUGAAGCCAGAGGUGGUGGAUGUCAUCAGAAGGUAUGCAGCAGCUGGUGCAGUUAGUGUAAGCUUCAGUAAUCUAGCUCAGGCAUUUCUAGAUAAGCACGUUGAUGAACACGAGUGACAGAUAAAUUCUACUUUUUGGUACUAUUUCAUUCAAUGAUGUCAUUCAUAUUUGGUAUAAUUUGUGUCACAUUAAUAUCGUAACUUGACUUCAUUGUUGUUUUAAACACCUUGUAAAUAUGUACUUGCCUUUGUUAAUAGUUAUUACCUCUGUUUUCAUUGAGAAUUACUAGUAUUGUACUUCUGUAGUGGUUACUAGUUAGGUUAUCGUGCACUGAGCCGCCCUUUACAGUUCUUUUCUGUUAAAUAUUUC